AUGUCACGCUACGGCAACACAGAUGGUGCACACCAGACACCCGCCAUCCAAAUAGACACAGACACAGACUCAAGCUCAGACCCAGGCGAGGUCUUACACGAACUCGACUCCGACUCUGAUGGCGGCAUGCAAAUCGACCAGCCCGAACCCAUCCUCCAGAUCGCCGGUAGCGAGAUUGAAUUUGAUGCCCAGGUCAUGGGCCUAGAGGGAGAUGAAUCAAACUUCACAACACACGCCCCGAAUCCAGAUUCCAUCUCUAUCUCCCCUCGUCCAGCAGGCCACAGGCCAAGAGAGAUCUACCCACCUGCGCGUAAACGCAUCCGAGAAGAAGACCACGCCGCUCUAGUCGUUUUAAACGACUGGGAAUUACUCGUCACGUACGCUAUAAAUUCUCGCCGGUGGGAAAAAAAAAACCAGACCAUCCCACAAACCCGCCGCUUCUUUAUGGCGAAAUUAAUCGCCGAAGACCAAGAAUCCGAAGACGAGCUGUAUGCAGCGCGGUUUGUUGUUCCUGAAGCGAAAUCGGAGCUUUUAUCUGCGGUUUCGGCGGGGAGGGUUCCGCCGAUUCAUGCGCUUGGGGAUUUAAAUGAGAAUGCGUUUUUGGUGCCGGGGGCUUGGAAGGAGGUUUUGAGUCAUGAUCAGAGUGGGUGGUGGGCUGGAGCGAGGAGGUCUGGCGCUGGAUCUGGGGCUGGAGUGCGGGGGCAGAAGAGGUCUGUUUCUGGGAGGAGUUCGGGGGAGAAGCUCGAGAGAUGUGUCGAGGGAGGGGUCCGGGGUGGAGUGAAGCGUUCUUCUUGGGGAUGGGUAGCUGGUGCAUUAGGAGGCCGGGGGUUUGUUAUACCGAUUUAG